AUGCCUUCUCCUCACCUGGAAUCAGGCAUCCUCCCCAGUGCAAACUCACUCCCAACUCCUGCAUCACCUGAACACAUCCCAGCAAUUGGGAGGAUCCAAGUAAACAAGACCUUCUAUGAGGUGCUCGAUGUAUUAUUCUUGAGCACAGGCUUUCUAGGAAGGGGUACUGUUUGUUACCUUGCAUGCUACAAUGGGGAAUACUACAUCAUCAAGGAUUAUUGGGUGGAGGAGUCGGAGCAGAGGACAACCCUGCACAAAGUCAACAUGAUGAAGCUGGUCCAGGACAUUGACAGAGUUCCCAAGUUGCAACACUACUGGGUCAUCGAGGUUGAGCCAGGCAUUGUCAAUAAAACUGAAUGGUAUUGUGAUGAGAAGUGGCGAUCAUGCAUGAAGUCUUGGAGAACUCAUGUGCAAUUGGCUAUGAAGCGAUGUGCAAGGCCAAUUGUAAUGUUCAAGACAAAAAAGGAACUCAUUUCAUGCAUCCAAGAUAUUUUACAAAUCCAACAGCAGGCACUCGAGAGGGGUGUCCUCCAUCAAGAUUGUAGGAUCAUCAAUACAAUGAUAAAGGACUUCACAAAUGGGUCACAUGGCUUUCUCCUUGACUGGGAAUUUGCUGUAUGGGUCACAUUACAGGGGGAAUAUGACUUGGGCAGCACAGGGACAGUCCCCUUCCUUUCAGUGAAUAUCCUCUGCCAACUCAAGGAAGCCAUCACUAAAAGUGGAAAGACUAAUGUCCCAUCGAUCAGGAAAAGCACCUCUCUCACCCACAUAUUCAUUGAUCACCCUACUACUAUACACCAUACAUUUGUGGAUGAUAUCAAAUCCCUGUUCUACAUUUUCAUCUGGAUCCUCAUCCUUUAUGAUGGGCCACUUGGCCAUGAGCAUCAAGAUAUCAGCCAUGAAAAGACACUUCUUGGCUUGUGGAGUGAAAAGGUGGCCAAAGAUCUCAAAAUUGCCAGAUGUGCCAAGUUCACAUUCCUUAAUGACCUGUCUGAGUUGAGGCUGGAUUCUGAGCUCUUGCAAUAUUUUCAAGAUCUAAUCCCUCUGGCUAAUGAGUGGUGCAUAUUGCUUGGGCAGUCCCUGCUGAGUGGAACUGCAGUGCAGUUCUCUGACAUUAUCUCCCUUUUUGAUUGUUUCUUGGCCAGCAUGCCAUAUGAGAAACCACUGGAGAUGAUGAAUGCAUUCCAGCAGAUCAUUGCCCAGCACAAAGCACUUAAUUCAAGCAUGUGUCCAAGUCAGGAGAAUGAUAUGGAUGUUAUGUCUUCAGCAAUUAUGUCUUCUAAAUGCCUUUGUGAAGAGUCAACAGAUCUCCCCAAUAAUUCUGUUGUAAAUCCUCUUGCACCUCCACCCACUCAGUGGAAAAAGGGUGGGGGCUGCAGUGCUGGCCAGAAUGCAAAACCAAAGUCCAAUGUCACCCCACCACCCUAUGCACCUCCCAUUGUGAAUGGUCCUAGCCCAGCUGAUAUGCCUCCAAAUCCCAUCCCUCAGUCUUCAACAGCAGUAGCAACACCUGUCUUCCAUCAGCACCCCACAGACUCCCAUUGCUUUGGUUUCAGUGUUCCGGCUCAACAGCCAGGUCAUAUCAUGCCUCCUGGGAUGGAACCUGACCUUCAAGUGCUCAAUAAUCCUUAUAUCACCACAAUUUGGGGAGACCAAGUUCCCAGUAAUACAUCUCGUCCACCAACACCCCAGCCCAACUACCAGUCUUGGUUUAUCCCCCACCAGCCACCUGCUACCAUCCCCAACUCUUGUAUUGACCCCUCCCUUGAUAGCUCGCUCUCACUGAGACAAACUUUGGCAACUGCUGACAUUUUCCACAAGAAUGCAGAGGCUGGCAAGGUCUCCAAUGAUGAGUUCAACAAAGAUGAGGACGAUGCAUUUGGAUGGGCUGCAAUGAAUCUUAGGCAAUCAACUCAUCCUGGCUUCUCCCAAGAAACAAUGACAAACAAUCCUAUUCGCCACAAUUCCUUACCCCAUGACCAUGAGUUUCAGUACUCACGUGAUGAGGAUGAUGAUGUGGCUCUGCAAAGCUUACAAUCCAAGGACAAGGCUCAGCCAGAGGGUUCCCAAUGUGGCACUGUCAUUGAUGUUCUUGAAUGCCACCAUCACACUAACAGCCAUCCUGUUCCCAAUCAUGAUCUUCUGACCCUUGUGCACAACUUGGUCAAUGAAGUAUCUCAGCAUGCCAGAGCCCCUCAUAACUCCAAGAAAGCUAAGGAUGAGAGCCCAUUGCCUUCACAACUGAGAUUUUACAAGGCAGUAUGGAAGGACUGUCUCAAAGAUGCUAAGCGAGAAUGCAGGGCUGCACAUGCACUUUCUAACCCAUUCCCAUUGAAAUCUCACAACCUCAACCUCUCCAUAACAGAGGCACUUGUCACUGUCAUCAUUGAGUGGAAUCAUCGCAGUGUGCAAUUUGAAGAUGGUUACUGGCCUGACCACAAGCAAGAUAUGGCAUGCCUCAUAAGUAGUCCUGUCUUUUGGUUACAGCUACUGACAUACUGCCAGUUGCUCCUUGGUGAUAUAUCUACCUGGUGUUUGGAAUUGAAGUUGGUUAUGCUGGCAACCACACCAUCCAUGUUCAACCUUAUCCCUCCUUCUGAUGUUGCACCAUGGGUUCAUGUACAAUGGAUAGAGACUGCUGCUGCAAAGCUCCUUGACAACUUGCUUUUCCUGCAAGAUGGUUUUGACGAGAAUGGAAAAACCAGGAAUUUCACUCACCCUGCCCUCAAGGAAGCUGUCAUACAAUUCUACUAUACCAGGACCUAUUGA